AGCUAAUUGAGCUGCAUUUAAUUGCAGUGAUUAUGUGACUGCUAAGAAUAUAAACAACCACCAGAUGGCAGACUUUUUGUCUGUGACAGGCUCCCAAACCAUCAAUGGAGCCUAUACCUUCCAGGGAUUGGUAACCAUAAAUGGACAUCUCAAAGUAACAGAUGGCAAAGUAAUAGAUGGUGUGGAUGUAUCUUCACUACAUGAUAACUUGGUAACUCUAUCUGAUAAUCAAGACAUAGAAGCAGAGACCACCUUUGGUAAGGUCAUCAUAUUGGUGGACUUGGUGCUGAAUGGUGACCUCAAUGGAUGGAAUGUUGUGACCGACUUGGUACGGCUUGACCAAUCACUGCCCCAAACUGGUGAGUUAAGCUUUAUUUAUUUAUUUAUUUAUUUUUUUUUCACCAGUUAGCAAGUAGUUAACAAAUUUAUCCUUUCAGGAGUCUUGCAUUUUUGGACAAAGCUACAGCAACAUCUCUGCAGCUGUCUAGUGCAGACCUUACUGUUCAGAGCCUUAAUGGAAUGGAUGUGAAAUCUGCUACAGAGGAUUUGGUCUUGGUAAAUGAAGAUGCAUCACUUGCUGGGCCCCUGAAGUUCACCUCCAAUACGAAAGCUAAUGACCUCUUCGUUAGUGGAACUGUUGAUGGUGUUGAUGUGACGGAUCUUGUAGACCGCAGCCUUAAGAAGACUUCUGCUACACCACAGGCAGUAACGGGGGCAAUAACGG